AUGACAUUUUGGGCAACUUGGAGAAUGCUCCGAGAUGUGAGACGUAGACACUCGGUCGAACAAUGCGGUCCAGAGAGAAUGAGACUGAAAGCGUUGAAAUGUAAUACGAUUUUACCACAGGCCAUUCGAGAUGAGUGUGCAGAGAAGUUACAUAAAUUGCCGAAGGAUUCUCGUCCAAAGCUGGUUUUGAAUAUGUGUCAAUUUAGCGGUAAACGCAGAGGCAAAAUAAAGCGCUUCAGACUGAGUCGCCAUCUGUUCAGAGAUCUUGCUGAUCACGGUAGAGGAUUUGUAAAAUCAUCUUCAAGCCCAGUUGAUUCUAAGUCCUUAUAUCUAAAUGAUAAGUUGACACUGCUGAACUCAGUGCUGUUUAUUUUACUUAUGAAGCUUUUGGACAUUGCAGUACUUGAUUCAGGUUCGGUGAUGGUUUUCGUGUUCGCUGACGGACGGGAUCAUGAUGCUUUGGCUGUUCAUCGGGUUAAGAGACAGUUUUGGAGCUAUGGAUUGUUGGUUGAAAAGAAAGUCGCAGGCGGUCAAGUUGAAGAUGUUAAACAAAUCGUUUAUCUGAAGUAUCAGGCUGCUGAAGCUGAUAGAGUCAAUGACUUGCGAAAUUGCGGAGCAAAUUUGCUGUGCGAAAAUAGGGUCAGAAAGGGUACAGAAGCGUUGAAAGUUUUCAAAACGGCUGGGAUGCAAGUGCUGUAAUG